UUGACAUGGGUGUGCUUUGCUUUCGUGCUAAUAUUCCUGAUGGGUAUGAUGCUUAUAUUGAUGGUUUACGGCAUUUCAGUCGGCUAUCACUACGCACAGAAAGAACUUGCAGCAUUUGCUAUGACAUCGAGAACGACAACACCUGACCCUUUGAGAAUGGGACGGUCAGGCGACGAGUCCAGGCCAGUUGUCCGUCUAGUCGCUGUGAACAGAUCCUCGAUUGACAACGCACCGCGGCCGAUGCUCGAGGUAUAUCAGAACAGACCACCUCCUGAAAAACUUGUGUUGGAUAAACCAGCAACACCUAUUGUUCUAUUGGAAACGGAAAGUCCGCCACCGGAGCCAGAAUUGCUGCCACACGAGAGAGACAUAGCUAAAAGACUCAUCGGCCGCUUCAGACGGUCGAAGAACAAUUCAAUGACUACUACGGAUAUUCCAUUUUUAAGACCAUUUAAAGCACCCACCCAUUCAGAUCAGUCUAUCAAAAUGGAUGACGCUACUACCAAUCAGAGGAACGUUAGCCCCUCAUCAUACUUAGCUAAAACUAUCGCUGCACUGCAAUGAGCCCUGAAACCACCAUUACUCGAUAGCUAACUAAAGCCGAUAAUAAUAAGAGGUUCCUUUUAUUCGGGGAUCCAAAUCGUCAAGAUCACCUAGAUAUUAUCUUGUAUCCCACUUCGGGGAUCACCUGGACCCUCAAUACCAGAGCUUUUUCCAAGGAUAUAUCCACCUCUUAUGCUUGCCCAUUUGAUAAAAUGCCAUCCUGUCGCAGAACGUCCGUUGCGUUAAACAUUUGGCUGGUUCCAAACUUCCAAAUAAAUAUGAGACGUCACGGCCUGGCGCCAAAAUAGCGCACCUACUUAAAAAUUUGAGAUUCUGACAUUCCAACGGCAUUGAUACACGAUCGGAUAUGGUACUACACUAAAAUUUUGUGUCUGGUGCCCUUAACUACUUUGUGUUGAAUUUGUUAUGAUGGUCAAGCAAAUCUUGUCAGUAGAAAA